AUGUCCUCUGCCGACCCGCACCAGAACCCUCACGAGGAAAUGGAAGAAGACGACCUCCUGGCUGCCGAUGACGCCGCUGAAGAGAUCCCCGAAGAUGAGGACCACCCUAUGGACGAAGAUAUGGACGAGGAGGACCUCGGGGAACCACAAGAAGAAAUCCAACUACAGAACGACUCGGCCGCACACUUUGACGCCCACUCCGACAGCAUCUUUUGCAUCGCCCAACACCCGUCGCGGCCGAGCAUAAUAGUGACAGGAGGCGGCGACGAUGUGGCAUAUAUUUUCGACGCCUCUACCUCUUCUUCCCCUGUCGUCCCCACACAAGAGGGACAACAACAACAACCGGUUGAACGUGCGUCCUUAGCCACACUUGCGAAACUGGACGGCCACACAGACUCGGUCAACGCAGUCACAUUCACAUACCCGCGCGGCGACUAUGUCGUGACGGCCGGCUUGGACGGAAAACUGCGCGCAUAUGCAUCGACGGACUCAAGCCACAAGCACUGGUCGUUUUUGUCCGAGACGUCAGAAGUCGAAGAGAUCAACUGGGUGUCGCCGUCGCCGAACCCGCAGCACGAGAACGUGGUCGCGCUCGGUGCCAACGAUGGGUCCGUGUGGGUCUACCACAUCAAUUCGGCGGACAAGGCGUCUCCUCUCACGAUCGUGCAGGCUUUCUAUCUACAUACCGGGUCGUGCACGGCUGGCGCGUGGACGCCGGACGGGAAUCUUCUGGCUACGGUGUCGGAAGACGGCAGUCUCUAUGUCUGGGACGUAUUUGGCACCGGGUCGGCGGUUGUCAGUCUCACGGCUGCAGACCAACGGUUCGAGGUUGAAGGAGGUCUGUACAGUGUCGCUUGUACAGCGUCCCUAUGCGCCGUUGGCGGUGCGGGGGGUAAUAUCAAAGUUGUUGGACUGCCGCAGGUGGCAGACCAAGCGAAGAAAACAGCCGGCAAGGCGAAAGGCGGCAGAGCUACAGGCGCAGCGGCAUCAGCGACCGCGGCAUCAGCAGGCCAGAUUCUCGCGUCAUUACAGGCACAGAGCGAUGGUGUCGAGACGUUGUCAUUCUCAAGCCCUCCCCUGAAUCUACUGGCUGCGGGCAGUGUCGAUGGCAGUAUCGCGCUCUUCGACACGGUGCACCGGUUCGCCGUGCGGCGGCAUAUCAAGGAAGCGCACGAAGAGUAUGCGGUCGUCAAGGUUGACUUUGUAAGGAACCCGACACGUGGCGGCUGGAUCCUGACGAGUUGCGGUAUGGACGGAGUGGUGAGAAGAUGGGAUGCAAGAGGAGGUACCACUGCCGCUGGACAGGGAUUCAUUCAAGAAUGGAGAGGUCACCGCGGAGAAGGAGAGGGCGGAGGAGUGCUUGGGUUUGUGCAGGGUGGUGGAGGCAAUAGAAUUGUUACGGCGGGUGAUGAUGGUGUUGCGUUGGUGUUUAGAGCGGACAUAGCAUGA